UAUACAAUAUCUGGCGUCUAAGGACUUUGGAAAAGCAUACUGUUGGUUACAAAGUAUAUGCUCUAUACCAACAGUCAACAGCUCGAUGUUGUAUAAGCAUGAGCUGAACUUGAAUAAAAGCAUGCGGGAGACCAUAGCUCGCAUUACACGGCGCUGGAACUCUUGGUUAAAUCUAAGUCAGCAAAUACGUGGUCUGAAUAACAAGGAACUGGAUUUGUAUGCACUAAAAGAAAAUGUCUAUCCUGCGGCCUUGUCUUGCAGCCUAGUGCAGUGGACGGCGAUCACUCUCGAGGAAUUCCUAGCCCAAAAUUCAGACGUACUAAACAUUUCUCCGGAUGAUAAGGGCAUAACAUACAAUUCCUAUCGUGCUGUGAUUGUUCGUGGCUCUGCCAAAAUGGAGUGUUUCAUUCGAAUCCCGAGUAAUUAUCCAUUGGAAAUGCCACUCUGGAUAUUGAGUGUGCAUUGGAACGGUCGCCGUACAUCGCAGAAUAAUGCAGCUAUCAAGAUGAUGGAGUACUGGACCAACUCAUUGCAACCCCAACAGCUGGAAGCAAAUUAUCGUAUUCUGUACGCUCAGCUUUUCCGAACUAUUUAUAGUUUUGACAUCUUUCUGGAGACAGAAGGCUCAAUGCAGACGACUAUAGAAUACACCAAGGAAAAGCCUUAUAUAAGUGCAUUUGCAAAACGAUGCCGAUUGCGUCCAUAUAAAUACAUAAAAAAGGGUUCCGUACACGCAUUCAAACAAUAAGGAACUAAAAACAAA